AUGUCCUAUUUCCGACCAGAUACACGUCACAUCAUCGAUUCACAGCAUACGUCCAAUACGAACGACUGGUUUGGACAAGCUACCACCCGACUGGAGCAAACUUUAUGUCCUAUCCAAUUAUCUGCCUCAAGUCCGACCCGAACUACUCUAAUCGGUGCAAAUAAUAAUCUGCAAGAUCCGGAUGAAAUGCAAAUAAAAAAAAUGCAAUUCCCUGUCGAGGAAAACCGGCCCAUUUCAUCGGAUCAAAUUCAGCCCACAUUGCCGGUUCGAUUUUCUCCGGUGUACGGAGGGGCAGGGAUCAGUAGAUGUGAUGUGAAACCGAAAGAAAUGAUCGGACUAUCGAUCGAAUUGAACAGUACAACAAUGGCUAUCGAUAAAUUAAAACAAGAAGUUGAUAUGAAUGGCGAUGAAGAAGAACAAAUCAGGUGA